AUCACAAGCUUAUUAAGCAAAGAAACAAAGAUCACAAGCUUAUUAAGCAAAGAAAUAAAGAUCACAAGCUUAUUAAGCAAAGAAACAAAGAUCACAAGCUUAUUAAGCAAAGAAACAAAGAUCACAAGCUUAUCAAGCAAAGAAACAAAGAUCACAAGCUUAUCAAGCAAAGAAACAAAGAUCACAAGCUUAUCAAGCAAAGAAACAAAGAUCACAAGCUUAUUAAGCAAAGAAACAAAGAUCACAAGCUUAUUAAGCAAAGAAACAAAGAUCACAAGCUUAUUAAGCAAAGAAACAAAGAUCACAAGCUUAUUAAGCAAAGAAACAAAGAUCACAAGCUUAUUAAGCAAAGAAACAAAGAUCACAAGCUUAUUAAGCAAAGAAACAAAGAUCACAAGCUUAUUAAGCAAAGAAACAAAGAUCACAAGCUUAUUAAGCAAAGAAACAAAGAUCACAAGCUUAUUAAGCAAAGAAACAAAGAUCACAAGCUUAUUAAGCAAAGAAACAAAGAUCACAAGCUUAUUAAGCAAAGAAACAAAGAUCACAAGCUUAUUAAGCAAAGAAACAAAGAUCACAAGCUUAUCAAGCAAAGAAACAAAGAUCACAAGCUCAUUAAGUACAAAGAAACAAAGAUCACAAGCUUAUUAAGCAAAGAUCAACAAAGAUCACAAGCUUAUUAA